GACCGAUGCGCGCGCAUGCUUCAUUUCGCAACAAAGCGAAAUUUCUGGGAUGAUCGUUGGUGAUUUCACGCGUUGUAUUUAUUUGGCCAGCUACGCAAGAAACAUCGGCUUUUUGCGAUGUUACGAAGAACGAAAUCACGGUCGUGAGCCCGAAGAUCGUGUACAUGAAAAAUUAGGAUACAAUUCAUGAAAGUGACAAACUAUUCGAAGUACUUAGCACCAUGUGUAGGUUCCCUUCGUAGGCGUCACCAAAACGAUAUAUAUUCUACAUUCCAGCGAGAACUAGGGCGCAUUUAAUAACUAUUUAAUCAACACAUACCUCUAUAUAAGCCCCACUUCGACCAAGCCGACGCUACACCGGUGAGUUCCAACUCAAAAUAUUGCUUGGUAGCAAGGCGGACACUCAAAGCCAACUAACCAUGUCUGUACAAAGUGUUGCUCUGGCAUCUCUCACGGCCACCUAUACUGACUCGGAGGGUGAGGACGGGGUGGAAGACGACCUUCAGGAGAAUUCGAGCACUCCCCAGGGGGCUGUCUCGCAAAAUGCCCAAGGUGGUCAGCCUCAGGCUCUCAACAGCCCGAAAUCUGGCCGAUCAGCCUCAAAUAGUCCCAACGUUGCCCCCGGUAUCGGUGGCAGGUCUAGUAGCAACUUGCCGAAUGCACGCACCUUAGUAACGGAUGUAACGGCAAAAGUGCAAAGAUUGGUCUCAUAUUUUGAUGACACGAUAGUCUCCGACGAUGAGGGAACUGCCGCGGCGUUGGCCGGAGGGAGGCCCUCAGAAAACGGGAAGCCUCCCUUGGCUGCCGAGCAGUCUCCCUCUCGUAAGGGGGAAUUGUUUUCAGAUGGGGAGGCGGACUUGUAUGGCGUGUCGAUACCACCUGAACCCUCGGGACAAUGUCCUCAGGAGUUACAGGAAAAGAUUGCUAAGUUACAUAGGAAGAUGGACAGUGGCGGUUUAGAUAUGAAUAAGGUCAUUCAGCAAAGAAAGGACUUUAGAAAUCCAUCCAUUUAUGAAAAGUUGAUUCAGUUUUGUAGCAUCAAUGAACUGGGCACUAACUAUCCACCGGACCGAUUCGAUCCUUUCAAAUGGAGCAAGGAUUCGUACUACGAGGAGCUGGCUUUAGUACAGAUGACCGAGAUGGAUAAAUUGGAGAAGGCCAGGAAGGAGAAGACGAAAAUCGAGAUUGUUUCCGGCACGGCGAAACGACCGAGCAGUUCUGCGAUUUCAUCGGAGGAAGACGCGAAAAAGCGGAAAAGCAAGUGGGACCAGGUCGCGACCGCUGCUACUUCCUCGUCGAAGUCCUCCGUUUUAAUGUCUCAACCGACGUUAACGACGUUAACCUCGUCGGCGACAGGUACAAAAGCGACGGUAAUAUCGGCUUUCGGCUCGUUGCCGAAAAAAAGACUGUAAUAUAUUGUGUAAAUCUAUUGUACAUAUUAGUUGUUUAAAGCUCCUAUUUCUUGUAAUUCAGCUACUUUUUGUAUUAAAGUCACAUCUGCAUCCGAAAGUCAGGAAGAAAACAAAAAUCAAUGUAUACGUUGGGUGUCAAGCGAAGAACACAUUGCAUCGUAUGUACUCUGCUAUGUUGUAUCUUCUAAUGGUGAUAUUAAUUAUUUAUUACACCGGCUCGGCAGAAAAAUAUAUGUUGCAAGUGGCUACAACUUCUCGAGUUUAACAUUUGCUGAAAUAAAUGGCAAAGUUCAAAGUCGAGAAGAAAGAGAAAUUUCAACGAGGAGACCGUAGUUUUGUUUUCUUUUGAUAAGUUUGUACAAGAUUAAUUGUUAGCGAUUUAUCUAUGACUUUUGAACAGGGAUUUUUAAGAAAAACUGCAUAAUAGGAAUUACAAAUUGUGAAGAACUUUUAAUCGUAAUACUGUUCGUUCCCCAUUAUGUUACCGCAGUUUAUUCUGUCAGAUUCUGUAAUUGAGAAAAGUGAAAUUUUUUAAUGCCUUGUGACUACAAUAUAGUUUAAAGAAGAACAAUAUUGUUUGGCAAUCGGAGACAAAAUUGGUAUAUAUGCAAUUAUUAGAACAGUACCUUUGAUCGUUGAUGCAGAGAUUGCGCUGUGAACUGUACUUACUCGAACAGAGUUAAUUAAUAAUAGACGGUAAUAUUUCUAUUCAGGGAGAUUAAGUUCUUUGCGUUAAACAAAUUUGGAUAACAGGAAGAAAAUUAAAAUACGUAACACCAUAUCACUAGUACUGUGUUUUCCAUAUUGUCUAAUUUAAUGGGUCGAAGCAAAAGUUCAUCCCCUUCGAUGCAUUAUCAUUUAGCGCAAGGAAACAAAUGGGACGAACUUUUGCAUUAACUCAAUAACAGAAAUCCUGUUUAAUGCGUUGGAAAAUUCAUCACAUUAAUCCCAGUAAUUUAUUAAAAAGUGAAUUCAAAUCGUAGCCUUACCAAUGUUAACGGUCACUGUAAUUGCGUUUUAUUAUAUACCUAACUUCGAGAAUAAGUAAAUUGUAAUAUAUCAAAGAACCGAUGGAAAAAUCAUAGUUAAUUCUGCAGAAGGCUUGUAAUAGCUUUAUUAAUUCGGCGGGCUAGGAAAUACUGGAAAUUGAAUAAAGAUCAUGUAUAAAAGAAUAGUAUCGCAUCUCUGUACGAACAAUAUCUGAGAUCGAUCAGUGGUCAGUCCGUUACUUUUCUUCGUAGUACACACCGAUUGGUCUUGACUGCACUAAAUUAUAUCUUUUCAAACUCACUAGGUGUACGUUAGCAAAUAAAUUAACUUCAGUUCGAAGGAAAUACUGUAUAGCUUUACUUUAUGACGAAGAUAUGAAGAUAAUGUUUGAUUACUAAAGAGAGAAUAAAAAGGGUCAUCUAACAUUAAUUUCAACUUUCGACAUUGCAGAUGUUUGUAACAUUAACGCAAGGGCUCGUUUAUUGUAAAUUAUAGACUAGCGUAAAAUACAAUACCUACAACAG